AUGUAUGUUGUUUUUAAUAAAUUGUUUUUCCUUCUUGUGAUGUUAAAACAGGUUGAAUUAGCUUUAUGGGACACAGCCGGUCAGGAGGACUAUGACAGACUGAGGCCGUUGUCUUAUCCAGACACUGACGUCAUACUUAUGUGCUUCUCUAUAGACAGCCCUGACAGUUUGGAGAAUAUUCCAGAAAAGUGGACCCCCGAGGUACGACACUUCUGCCCAAACGUCCCUAUCAUCUUGGUUGGCAACAAGAAGGAUCUCCGUAAUGACGAAAGCACAAAACGUGAACUCAUGAAAAUGAAACAGGAGCCUGUACGACCUGAAGAAGGCCGGGCAAUGGCCGAAAAGAUCAAUGCAUACUCAUACCUAGAAUGCUCUGCGAAAACUAAGGAAGGCGUACGAGAGGUGUUUGAAACUGCCACCAGAGCGGCGCUGCAAGUCAAGAAGAAGAAGAAGGGUGGAUGUAUGGUAUUGUGA